UCCGGGAAGGCCGCCCUCGCCCCGGGAGACCUGGCUUGGGGGCUGGCCCUCCCUGUCCGGCUGUCGCCCCCUCCCCGACCCAGGCCCCCUCGAGCCCCCCUCAAGAUCCCUGGACACUCAGAUCCGGCCCGUCCUGCGCUUGCCAGCUCUGGCCCAGCCGGGGGGACCUUGCAGGGAGAUCCAGGGCCACUCUCAGACCAGGACGAUGGGGUCCCGAAACUGGCGAGCCAUGCGGGACAUGCGCAGGUACCGCCACCACUACCCGGAUUUGAUAGAACGGGAUGGCAACGGUGACAUGCCAAACCUGAGUUUCUACAGAAACGAGAUCCGGUUCCUGCCCAAUGGCUGUUUCAUUGAAGACAUUCUUCAGAACUGGAGGGAGGAUUAUGACGUCCUAGAAGAGAAUCACUCCUACAUCCAGUGGCUGUUUCCUCUGCGGGAACCUGGAGUGAACUGGCACGCCAAGCCCCUCACGCUCCGGGAGGUCGAGGCAUUCAAAAGCUCCAAGGAGGUCAGGGAUCGCCUGGUCCAGGCCUACGAGCUCAUGCUGGGCUUCUACGGCAUCCAGCUGGAGGACCGGAGCACGGGUCAGCUGCGCCGGGCACACAACUACCAGACGCGCUUCCAGAACCUCAACUCGCACAGCCACAACAACCUCCGCAUCACGCGCAUCCUCAAGUCGCUGGGCGAGCUGGGCCUGGAGCGCUACCAGGCGCCGCUGGCGCGCUUCUUCCUGGAGGAGACGCUGGUGCGCCGCGAGCUGCCGGCCGUGCGCCAGAGCGCCCUGGACUACUUCGUGUUCAGCGUGCGCUGCCCGCGCCAGCGCCGCCAGCUGCUGCGCUUCGCCUGGCAGCACUUCCGGCCGCGCCGCAAGUUCGUGUGGGGGCCGCACGACAAGCUGCGGAGGCUGCGGCCGGACCCGCCCGCGGGGGAGGGGGAGGGGGAGGGGGGCGCCGGGGACCCGGACCCUCUCCCUGGGGCCGCCGCCUCUGGACAGAGCAGCGCGCCUGGGGGGCCCAGGGACCAGGGAGGGGAGGCGGGGGGCCGGGGGGAGGGGGCCCCGGAGCCUCCAAGCCCCAAGGAGAGCAAGAAGAGGAAGCUGGAUGCCAACCGGCGGGAACAGGCCCCGGGGGAGCCGGGCGCCCAGAGCGCCUCAGAGGUGGAGAGGAUCGCCCUGAACCUGGAGGGUUGCGCCCUCAGCCAGGGCGGCCUGAGCCAGGAGACCCAAGAAUUGGGCAGCCAGCCCCCGGGGACCAAGGUGGCCGAGGAGGUGAGGAAGAGAAGGAAGGUCGAUCAGGUCCCCCGGAGUGGUGACUCGGUGGGCGCAGGUGGUGAGGCUGAGCCCCCAGCCCCCACCCAGCCCUGCGCCCUGCCAGGGUGCCCCGAGGCCAGAGAGAAUGAGAACGGGGUGGAGGAGGCAGGGGACAGGGCAGAGCUAGAGCAGGGUGCCCCUGGGAGCUUGGCCACCACCGAAGCCUCGGUAGAUAAGGAAGCAGAGGUGCCGCCUUAGGCCAAACCCAGAAAGCCUUAAGGGAACGGGGGCCUAGGGACCCUGGCCCGGCCCUGCCCUGCCGCGGGUCUCGGGAGCCACAUUGUCUGCUGUUCCCAGCACCGUGCCAGACUGGCCUGUCCCUCAUGGUCACUGCAGCCAUGAAAGGAGAAGUUCCCUCUCCCGGAAGGGCCAGGACUUCCGGAUACUUACCUCCAGCUCACUUCCUGCCUCCCUCCAUCACUCACUCACUCUCUCACACACACACACACACCUUUGUAAAUUGGCCCUCAAGGGUCUAGGGGGUGGGAAUGGGCUCAUUUUCUUAGUCUGGUACCGAAGCCUUUUCUGAAUAAACUCCUUUGACUUUGAA